CCAUCACUGAGACACUGAUUCACUGUCCAUUCCUUCAUUUAUUUAAUAUUUUCAAAUAAAAAAACAAUAGAAAACUGUAAAAAUGGAUGAUAAUCAAGUGAAAAAUAAACGUAAAUGCAUCGGAAAACAAAAAAAAGCAUUUCAUAGACUUGCAAAAGAUAUGAAUAUAACUUGUUGUGAUGAACCAACACAGAAUUUGGUAAUAUGUAACGGAGGUUUAGUCACCGGAUUAAAACGAGAAGUACUUAUUGAAAUAUUAGAAAAAAUAACAAAUAAAUUUAUCAUAAUAAUGCCACCUGGUAAAUCAUAUUCGUUUGUUAAAUUUGAAAAUGAACAAACAGCUUCGAAUGUCUACAACAAUAUACAUGGAAAAAACAAUGAUUUUCAUAAUGGAAUUUUAUAUUUAGCUUUUGCAAAAUCAAUUCCAGAAUUGGAAAACGAGACAGAAAGCUUGGAUCCUCCACCAGGAUUGAGAUUAAUUUUGGAUUUUGUAACACCCGAUGAAGAGUCAAAAAUACUUGACACACUAAAUUGGAAUAAUGAUGAAUAUUCUGGACAUCUAAAACAUAGAAAAGUUCAACAUUUUGGUUAUGAAUUUUGUUAUGAUACAAAUCGAGUUGAUGUUGAUAAACCAAUUGCUCCAAUACCAGAAGAAUUAAAUUUUAUAUCAGGAGUAUUUAUAAAAAAACACUGUGGAGAUUUAGUUUAUGAUCAAUUAACAAUAAAUCAUUACGAACCAGGCCAAGGUAUACCACCUCACAUUGAUACUCACAGUGUUUUUGAAGAUCCAAUAUUAUCUCUUUCUUUGGGAGCAACUUAUGUCAUGGACUUUAGAAAAGACAAUAAAAAAGUUUCCUUGGCCUUACCAGCUCGAUCAUUGUUGAUUAUGUCUGGUGAAUCACGAUAUGCUUGGACUCAUGGUAUUUCUCCAAGACACAAUGAUGUCAUUAAUGAUGAUGACGAUGGUCUAACUACCAAAGAAAGAGGCACAAGAAUAUCUCUAACAUUUAGAAAAGUCAGAAGAGGUAAUUGUCAGUGCAAUUAUCCUCAAUAUUGUGACUCAAAAAAUUAUGUUAAUGAAGAAAUUGAUAAUUCUGUUGCUCCUGGACUUGAAAAUUCCUAUGUCCACAAGGUCUAUGAUGAAAUAGCUGAACAUUUUUCUGAAACAAGACACCAAAAAUGGCCAAAUGUUGCAUCUUUUUUGGAAAAUAUUCAACCUGGUGGUAUUGUUUUAGAUGUUGGCUGUGGUAACGGAAAAUAUCUAAUAGAAAAACCAGAAAUUUUCAUGAUUGGAUGUGAUCGAAGCUCUGGUCUUCUCGACAUAUGUAAAAAACGUUCACGAGAAGUUUUGCUAUCGAAUUGUCUCCAACUUUUAUUCAAAUCAAACUCUCUUGAUGCUGCAAUUUGUAUAGCAGUUAUUCAUCAUCUCUCGACACCUGAUCGUCGACGAAAUGCAUUUAUAGAAAUUCUUCGAGUUUUAAGACCCGGAGGAAAAUGUUUGAUCUACGUUUGGGCUAAAGAGCAACGUCGUGACUCCAAGGAUUCAACAUAUCUUCGUUUCAAUUCAAAAAAAACCAAUGACAAUCAUUCAACAGAUGUUAAAAAAAUUUUUGAUAAUUUAACCCUUAACAUUCAUGAAAAUCGUACGAAUUUUCGACACAGUGAUGUACUCGUACCAUGGAAACGAAAAGGUGGCGGUGAAUAUCUUCGUUAUUAUCAUGUAUUUGAAGAAAGUGAAUUUAUUAAAUUAUGCCAAAAUUUACCAAAUUCAAAAGUUGAAAAAAUUUUUUACGAUCAGGGUAAUUGGUGUACUAUUCUUGAAAAAAUUUAAUAAAAAUUGUUCAUUGUUAAUAUAGAAA